UGGGGUCGAUUCCCAGAAUCCCAGAGUCAGGGAGCCUGGGGGCAGGGGCAGAUCACUGGACAAACAGAUCAAAGGUGAGACCAGUGUGGGGCCGCAGACCAGGCCAGGCCAGGUAGACGAGCACACCAUGAGGCUGCUGACCCUCCUGGACCUGCUGUAUGGCUCAAUGGCCACCCCCUCGGGCCCGAAGUGGCCUGAGCCUGUGUUUGGGCGCCUGGUGUCCCCCGGCUUUCCAGGGGAGUACGCCAAUGACCAGGAGCGGCACUGGACCCUGACCGCACCCCCUGGCUACCGCCUGCGCCUCUACUUCACCCACUUCGACCUGGAGCUCUCCCACCUCUGCGAGUACGACUUCGUCAAGCUGAGCUCAGGGGCCAAGGUGCUGGCCACGCUGUGCGGGCGAGAGAGCACAGACACGGAGCGGGCUCCCGGCAAUGACACGUUCUACUCAACGGGCCCCAGCCUGGAUGUCACUUUCCGCUCUGACUACUCCAACGAGAAGCCGUUCACGGGGUUCGAGGCCUUCUACGCGGCCGAGGACAUCGACGAGUGCCAGGUGGCUCCGGGAGAGGCGCCCGCCUGCGACCACCACUGCCACAACCACCUGGGCGGUUUCUACUGCUCCUGCCGCGCAGGCUACGUCCUGCACCAGAACAAGCGCACCUGCUCAGCCCUGUGCUGGGGCCAGGUCUUCACCCAGCCGUCUGGGGAGCUCAGCAGCCCUGAAUACCCACAGCCUUACCCCAAACUCUCCAGUUGCACUUACAGCAUCCGCCUGCAGGAGGGGUUCAGUAUCAUCCUGGACUUUGUGGAGUUCUUUGAUGUGGAAACGCACCCGGAAAUCCUGUGUCCUUACGACUUCCUCAAGAUUCAAACGGACAGAGAGGAACAAGGCCCAUUCUGUGGGAAGACAUUGCCCCGCAGGAUUGAAACAAAAAGCAACAACGUGACCAUCACCUUUGUCACAGAUGAGUCAGGUGAUCACACAGGCUGGAAGAUCCACUACACGAGCACAGCUCAGCCUUGCCCUUAUCCGAUGGCGCCACCUAAUGGCCACAUUUCACCUGUGCAAGCCAAAUACAUCCUGAAAGACAGCUUCUCCAUCUUCUGCGAGACUGGCUAUGAGCUUCUGCAAGGUCACUUGCCCCUGAAAUCAUUUACUGCAGUUUGUCAGAAAGAUGGAUCUUGGGACCAGCCAAUGCCGGCAUGCAGCAGUAGGUCAUGUGUUGUUGACUGUGGCCCUCCUGAUGAUCUCCCCAGUGGCCGAGUGGAGUACACCACAGGUCCUGAAGUGACCACCUACAAAGCUGUGAUUCAGUACAGCUGUGAAGAGACCUUCUACACAAUGAAACUCAAUGAUGGUAAAUAUGUGUGUGAGGCUGAUGGAUUCUGGACGAGCUCCAAAGGAGAAAAAUCCCUCCCAGUCUGUGAGCCUGUUUGUGGACUAUCAGCCCGGACGACAGGAGGGCGUAUAUAUGGAGGGCAAAAGGCAAAACCUGGUGAUUUUCCUUGGCAAGUCCUGGUAUUAGGUGGAACCACAGCAGCAGGUGCACUUUUAUAUGACAACUGGGUCUUAACAGCUGCUCAUGUCGUCUAUGAGCAAAAACAUGACGCAAACUCCCUGGACAUUCGACUGGGUGCCCUGAAGAGACUAUCACCUCAUUAUACACAAGCCUGGGCUGAAGCUGUUUUUAUACACGAAGGUUACACUCAUGAUGCUGGCUUUGACAAUGACAUAGCACUGAUUAAACUGAGUAACAAAGUUGUAAUCAAUAGCAACAUCACACCUAUUUGUCUGCCAAAAGAUGAAUCUUUUAUGAGGACAAAUGACAUUGGAACUGCAUCUGGAUGGGGAUUAACCCAAAGGGGUUUUCUUGCUAGAAAUCUCAUGUAUGUUGAUAUACCAAUUGUUGACCAUCAAAAAUGUAGUGCUGCAUAUGCAAAGCUGCCCUAUCCAGGGGCAAGUGUAACUGGUAACAUGCUCUGUGCUGGCUUAGAAAGUGGGGGCAAGGAUAGCUGCAGAGGUGACAGCGGAGGGGCACUGGUCUUUCUAGAUAAUGAAACGCAGAGGUGGUUUGUGGGAGGAAUAGUGUCCUGGGGCUCCAUGAAUUGUGGUGAGGCAGGUCAGUAUGGAGUCUACACAAAAGUCAUUAACUACGUUCCCUGGAUCAAGAACAUAAUAAAUAAUUUUUAACUUGCAUGUCUGUAGUCAGUCAAGGAUUCCUCAUUGUUAGAAAUGCCUGUGAAGACCCUGGCAGCCACAUAACCCGAGAAGCAUUCAUCGUUACUGUGAAAAUGGCAGCUGUUGCUCCACCCAAAGAACAGACUCCAGGUGAGACUGCUGUCAUUUCUCCACUCCACGGUUUAAUUCCAACCUUACCCAUCUGACUCAAGGGGACAUAAGCCACAAGAGUGAUAUUCACCUUUGUCAAUCCAAUGUAAUGUCACUGCUCAAAUUACAUUUAAUUACUUUAAAAGGCCAGUAUCUUCUCAUACUAGCUGUUGGCAUUUCUGUAAACUGCCUGGCCAUGCUCUGUUUUUAAACUUGUUCUUAUUGA